AUGGCCGAGAACCAAUCGUCGACUGCUAUUAGCUCCACGAACGAAGGAUCAUCCCAAAAAGGGACUCGACAAACCUCUGUGGGCAAUGCCUCAGACACCCAAGCUCACCUCAACAGUCCAACCUCUACGAGAUCUGAUCUGCCGUCACUUCUACCUUUGCACGACAAACCGGGAGUUUACAGCUCCAUCGAUGCUUUAUCCUCUGGAAACUCGACUUAUGAAGGAUGGAGCAGUCGAUGA